AUGGAAGGUGGCAGGAGAAUUACUGUGAGUCCUCGACCUUGCUGCGGUCGCAGAAUCAUCGCUGCCAAGAAGAGGCCACGUGCAACGGAUGGCUUCGUCAACAGCGUCAAGAAACUCCAGAGACGCGAAAUAAGCUCCAAGCGUGAUCGUGCCUUCACCAUGAGCGAUGCUCAGGAGAGAUUCCGGAAUAUUCGCUUGCAGGAAGAAUAUGAUACACAUGAUCCGAAAGGUCCUUCAACUAUGGUGUUACCGUUUCUGAGAAAAAGAUCAAAGAUUAUUGAGAUUGUAGCAGCCCGAGAUAUUGUUUUUGCUCUUGCGCAAUCAGGUGUUUGCGCGGCAUUUAGCCGAGAGACCAAUCAAAGGAUAUGUUUUUUGAACGUCAGUCCUGAUGAAGUUAUAAGAAGUCUGUUUUAUAACAAAAAUAACGAUUCACUUAUCACAGUUUCUGUAUAUGCUUCAGACGGUUACAGUUCUUUGAAAUGCAGAAGCACAAGGAUUGAGUACAUAAGGAGGGGUAAACCAGAUGCUGGCUUUGCUCUUUUUGAAUCCGAGUCUCUUAAGUGGCCAGGUUUUGUAGAGUUUGAUGAUGUAAAUGGGAAGGUUUUAACAUACUCUGCUCAAGAUAGCAUAUACAAGGUAUUUGACCUAAAAAACUAUACAAUGUUGUACUCAAUUUCUGAUAAAAAUGUCCAAGAGAUUAAGAUCAGUCCGGGAAUCAUGUUGUUGAUUUUUGCUAAAGCAAGUAGCCACGUCCCACUUAAAAUCCUUUCAAUAGAAGAUGGUACUGUUUUGAAGUCAUUCACCCAUCUUCUUUAUCGUAAUAAGAAGGUAGAUUUUAUUGAACAGUUCAAUGAAAAGCUACUUGUCAAGCAAGAAAACGAAAACCUCCAAAUUCUUGAUGUGCGGACUUUUGAGCUAACAGAAGUUUGCAGAAGUGAAUUUAUGACACCAUCUGCAUUUAUCUUUUUAUAUGAGAAUCAAUUAUUCCUGACAUUUCGAAAUCGAACUGUGGCUGUGUGGAACUUCCGUGGAGAGCUUGUAACUUCAUUUGAGGAUCAUCUCUUGUGGCACCCUGACUGCAAUACAAACAACAUAUAUAUAACCAGCGACCAAGAUCUUAUCAUAUCCUACUGUAAAGCUGAUUCUGAUGAUUCACUGUCUGAAGGAAAUGCAGGUUCCAUCAACGUCAGCAACAUUUUAACUGGCAAGUGUCUUGCCAAAAUAAGAGCAAGCAACAGCUUUCCAGUGGAUAACAAUUGCAGUUGCAGUGACAAUCCUUCAGGAAGUGGUUGUUGUAAUUCAAGGAAGCGAAAACAUGGCUCCAAGAUGAGGAGCACAGUUGCAGAAGCCUUGGAAGACAUUACUGCUCUCUUCUACGAUGAAGAGCGCAAUGAGAUCUAUACAGGCAAUAGGCAUGGGCUAGUACAUGUCUGGUCUAACUGA